AUGGGCCGCCUCCAUCAAUCCCUCGUCAUCGUCUGCUGCUUCCUGGCUGCAUUCACCCUGCAAGAUGUGCAGGCGAUAGGACAGUUCUCUCGCCGUAGUGUUGCAACAUGGAAGAAGACGCAACCAGCACUGCCAAGUUUGUCGGUCCCUCGCUCUGUUGGCGCCAACCCACAGCAAACCCCACCCAGUUUCUUGGAUACAAUCUUUUCUCCUCAAACUGCACUCAAGGUCGUCGCCGUGGGACUGACAACUUUUGCCGCCCAAAUGCUCCUAGCACCCGACCUCUUUGUCAAAACUUAUAUCAACCUGGAAGGGAAGGACCCUACUAUCGCUUCCGACUUCUUCCUCAUGAUGUGGGCUGUGCGAGAACUGUUAUUGGCCUUGCUUUCCUGGGCCGUUGCAACCCAAGGAACGGACUCACUUGGUCGCUUCAUGGUUACGGGAGUCUUUUUUUGUCUGUCCAUUCCUCAGGUGUUCCACAUUGUCACCAAAGAUGUUUUGGCUGCUCAAGUGAAGGACUUCCUUGUGGUCUUUCAACUGGCUUUCUUUUUGCUAUUUGGGAAUCACCACCAUCAAAGCGUGGAUUUGAAUGUGGAUGAGCGGUUUGUGCAGCAUCACAGUCCCUAA